CGCUUUCUCCGAUGCAAGAUGGCCGCCAGUAAGUUACACCACCGAACCUGCUUCCUGACAUCUCGUCUUAUAUAUAAUGUUUGUUGCAAUGCACGUUGGUGCCGCUUAAACGCGAGAGCGCAUGCGCAUUACCUUCCGAAUUGCCGUAGAAAGCGAAAGUGAACGGAAAUACCAUGUCAGACUUGAAACUGGUGUCGCUGUUUGCCGCGGUUCCGGGGUUGCUGCCGACCGGUGCAGACUGCGAGGCCGCUAAAAGGAGCGCGAAGCCGGCCAUGAGCAUCGACGAGCUGCCGUCUCUGUACAGCCGACCCGAAGAGGAGCAGCGCCAAGUGGACCCGAUGGCGUCGACGGGCGCCUUGGAGCAGAGCGUGGCAUCUUUGAGGAAAUGGGCGGCGCCGUACGCAGACCGAUGUCAGCAAACCCAAAGGGCGGCGGCGGACAAAGUGGAGGAAGUGUACAAAAGGGCGGAGCCCGCCAUUUCCGCCUCCACCGCAGCGGUCACAGACACGUACCGCUUGUUCACCGACCCGCCCCCCGACUUGUACCCCAGCGUGGCGGUGGUGGGCUUCUCGGGCUUCCUGGGACUCUACUUGGCCAAAGGGUCGAAGGUGAAGCGCGUUGCCUUCCCGCUGGGCCUGAUGGCGCUGAGCGCCUCCGUGUUCUACCCUCAGCGGGCCGCCUCCAUUUUCAAGGUGAGUCAAGACUCUGCACGCACGUGGUUUCAGAACGGCCGCGUCGCCGUAGAGACGCUGUGGAACGACCCGCCGUUUGGCAAAAACAAGACGGAGCGGCGCGAGAGCGGCGGCGGCGGCGGUAGCGGCACAUCCGGUUGAAACCACAAAGUUUCUUUAGCAUCCAACAUCUCUUUUAGACUCACAGUUAUAUAUUUCUGUAUAAUAUGCACUUUCGCUAGGAAAGGCGACCAACAUUAAAUUAUGUUUUGUCUUUACUCAUCGCGAUCCACUGACGGGACGUCCAAUCAUCAGCCCUCCCCGUUCCAGUGGAUUGGACGUCUUUUGCCGUCAAUGGCACGCAAUGAGCUAACACGUCAUGUCGACAUGAGAAUGAAUUGUGUUGUGAAAUGCCAAUUUUCUUUUUAUAGAAUGUAAUAAAGGGCACACACAAUCCUCACUGUAAACGGUUAACAAUUU